CUUCUUAUUUUAUCCCUUUUCUUACAUACUUUUAUUUUAUUAUUUAUUCAACGAGGCGCCGGGGCUGCUCCUCCUGUGCACAGUGCGGAGGUGCGCACACAACGAAUUAGAGAGAAAUGGGAACGCCGGACCACUGCAAAUAUCUUCCCAUACGAGAUGCUGUGAAAUUUAUCAAUCAAAAAGUGAACAUAGCAGGCAUUAUACUUGAUCUUGGCUUCCCAAGGCGUACUAGGGGCACUGAUUACUGUUGUACACUAAGAAUAAUUGAUGAAUCAUAUGGGAAACCUGGGAUAUCAGUUAAUAUUUUUGCUGAAAGUUCAGAGAGGCUUCCUCGUGUUGUUGCAAGUGGGGAUGUAGUUCAGUUUUGUAAUGUCUUGAUACAAACUCAUGGUGAUGAAGUAAAUGCCAUCUUCAACAAAAGGAUCUCCUCUUUUGCAUUAUAUAAUGGGAAAGACAAUGAUUAUUUUGUCCCUUACCAAGUUUCAUCAAAAUUUCAUCCGAGAGAUAUGGACAAAGCACUCAUAGACAAGCUCAGAAAGUGGCUGGUCAGUUUUAAGCUUAUUGAAGAUUCCAGUAACUUUCCAAUGUUAAGAGAAAUCAAGGAAGGAGACUGCUUUGUUGAUCUGGCAUGCAAGAUACUUCAUUGCUGUGAGACUGCAAAUCAUGAAUGGAUGGUCUUCAUUUGGGAUGGCACUGAUUUGCCGCCAAACAGUAUAAGUGCAAACCCGGAAGAUGAAAUGCAUGAUCCUCUUCCUUUGCAUCUUGAGCCUGAACCUCUUCCAAGAGAGUUAUUGUGCAGUUUUCCUACUGUUGGGUCCAUCUUGAGGAUAACUUACGGCAAAGACAUUGAAAAGAACCAUCUAAAAUUUUUAGAUGUUUCUAAGUGGGUCAAAAUUGUCAAUAUGCAUCUUGAAGUGCGUGCAGGACUAUGGCAUGGUGUGUUUAUUCCUACUACGAAGCUUAGGUACACACCAAAAGAUGAUAAUCUCAUACAAGAACGGGAAAGAUUAUAUGGGGAGCGAAUGUCAUUAAACUGUGGAAAAAUGCCUUUUUCGAGCUUACCUUGGACUUCAUGUAUUACAGUGGUUGAUCAUAAUGAUGUCCCAUUUGCUACCUUAAUGGAUGUCCUCACCCAUUCACAGGUGACAGCUAAGUUUAAGUGCAUUGUUAGAGUAGUAGCAGCAAUGCCAUGGCCAGCUGAAAAAUUCCGUUCUGAGCAUGGUAUCUAUAGGAUGCGGCUGACACUAGAGGAUCCUACAGCCAGAAUACAUGCUUAUGUGUAUGCUGAGGAUGGGGUAACCCUAUUUGAUGGCCAUCCUGAUACUUGCAUUUUGAUGCAGAAGAUGAACAUGUUAUUGGGAGUAAUGUCAUGUGAUGAUAGUACAGUAACGAAUUGUGUUUUAAGAAACCCACCAUGGGUGCAAUUGUGUAUCAAGUCUUAUUACACUUCUAAACAUGAUGUUUGGGGCAGUAGAAAAUAUCGAAUAUUCGACACUAAAAUUGUGGGAGGAGUGUGAAAUGAUGUUAAAAUAGCUUCUUUUUUUU